UCCCGGAAGCAUCAAAGUAGACUUCAUGGUGCUUUUUAAGUCAUCCGCACCCAUUGCCAGCGAUACCGUCCUGGAUGUGUUGUCUGGGAAGACAAACAUUAGUGGUCUGCAGAUAGAUGAGAGUGUCACCAGCAUCACAGAGGUGACUGCAGAUGAGGACAAUGUUGCAUGGUACAACGACCCGAUUUACAUCUCAGUCAUCUGUGUCGGCGCUGCAGUCGUCGUCACAAUCAUCAUAGUACUGGUGAUUUGCUGUGCUACAAAGAGUCGUCGCAAGCCCACAUCUGGGCGCAAUCUGUGGGAUUCCGACUAUGCACAGCGCCGGGUCCAACAGAACAUGCUGAUUCCACGGGCAAAAGUCUCGCGAGAUACUGCGAGACAGAUGUACCACAACCCAGUGUACAGCGUCAGCGAAUGAUCAGGAAAGAAAACGCAAGAAAUGUUCAACGAACGUUAAAGGAAUACGAAGACUUGCAAUUUUUUUUAAAAUUUUCGAUUGUGAUCAGUUUUAUUAAUGAUAUGUCAAUGAUAUGUGUAUUUGAUGAAUCGAGAAAUGUAUUACAAACUAAAUUUAUAUUAGUUGACAAGUGUGAAGUAUCUCUAUGAUGCUGUUUUAAGAAAUUGCUGUUUUUUGUACCGCUGACAAGUGUUUGCAGUGGAAUGUGUGUUUAUAGAUAAAUAGAUUUAUAGAUACUAUUCCAUGUAUUACCUUGAAAGUUUGAUUUCAUGGAAUUCAUGUUGAAGUUUAUAGUUUUACGAGUAGUUUCAAAAGUUUCCCUUUGACACAUACACGUAACUAACACUCUGAGAGAAUGUUUCAAGUAAUGUUCCUUCCUAUAGAAAUGAAUAUUUUUGGCUAUCGAUAGAGGGUAUAUACUGUAAAUAUUGUAAUGACUCCUUUAACACAUUAACGUAUCGAUAAGCGUGACGGCAAACAGUCUAGACAAUGACAAACUAUCGAGCUUAGACUAGUACUAGACGUAAUAUUUGCUAUCAAGUGAACCAGAAAUUCCAUUUUUUUGCUACUUUUGCUCCUUGUUUUUUUUUUCCAUAUAAAAACAGAAUUGAUUAAUCAACACUUGUCAUGGAAGACAUUCAAUGCUUGCCGAGUUAAAAGCUUCGUACACGUUUAUU